AUGAAGCGUUGCCGCGCGAGAGGAGGCAAAACCACGGGACAUUGCUCAUGUGAGGAAGGGCACUCCCCCAAGCAGAAUUUCCAAGUGAAUGAGUACUGCAUUUUGGCGCUAUUUCGAAGAACUCACAAGGGAAGACGGCACAAACGGCACAACACAGCAAUAAUGACAUUGAAAUUCCUGCUUUUACUUUUUCUUCACCGUUUUGCGGCCAAAUGCUUCUCCCUGAAGAGGCCACUCCUGAGUAGCCCCCGAAAUUCACCUGUCCUACUGUACAACGCAAAUUCGAAGGCCCUCCAAAAAGGCAGCAACUACUUUUUCUGCGCUGCCAAAAAAAAACACCCCCCAGGUAGUAACAAAUUCAGUUUGCGCGAAAAAAAAGAAGAUGAAAAUACCGAACCGUCCAGAAAUAAUUCCCCCAAUUCAAACAUAUUUAGAAACAAAUACAACUACAUUCCGUCACUUCAAGAAAUCAAAGCGGACAUAGAGAAUUUCAAGAGAGAAAAAUCUUUUUACUUCACGGAACACAGUAUACUCGAAGCCAUCAGUGUAGAAAAUAAUAUCGUCGUGGUCAACAUUGAGGGCAUGUUUUUCGAAGAUGUUAACGUAGUAUUCGCAGAAGUAACCAAGUAUUUGCUCAAUAAGCAUUUGGGCAUUUUGGGCGUACACCCGUACAACAUCAAGUCGCUCAACAUAGGAAAAGGGGAAACUUAA